AUGAAGGCUUGCAGACGACUUACGAGUGUAUACCGACGCAGCAUAGCUUCGUCUACGGCCAAGUCGCGCCACUAUGCGACGCAAGCACCACCGCCGCAACGCAGACUGAACCUGCCGACCGAUUUCAAAAACACUCCUCUCCUGCAUCACAGCUCCAAGACGUUCUCGAAUACUCCUGGACUGCCCCAUUCCGUGCCAUCCACGAGGCUUAAUUUGUAUCAAGCUGUAAAUGCCGGAUUACGAACGGCUCUGGAGGCGUCGAAAGAUGUUCUGUGUUUCGGUGAGGAUGUUGCAUUUGGAGGAGUCUUUCGCUGUACCAUGAACUUACAGUCCGAAUUCGGUGAGGACAGGGUCUUCAACACACCGAUCACAGAACAGGGAAUCGUGGGCGCUGCUAUUGGAAUGGCAGCCGAAGGUGCCCGGCCAGUCGUGGAGAUUCAAUUCGCAGACUACGUUUAUCCAGCCUUUGACCAGAUUGUCAAUGAAGCCAGCAAAUUCCGUUAUCGCGAGGGCCACACAGGGGCAGGUUUAGGUGGCAUGGUCAUCAGAAUGCCGUGCGGCGGCGUUGGGCACGGUGCUUUAUACCACUCGCAGUCUCCCGAGUCAUUAUUCUGCCAUGUUCCUGGCUUCAAAGUUGUUAUGCCACGUUCGCCAACACAAGCCAAAGGGCUAUUGCUUUCGGCGAUCCUUGACUCAGAAGAUCCGGUUAUUUUCAUGGAACCAAAGAUUCUCUACAGAGCAGCAGUAGAGGAAGUACCAACUGAGGAUUAUCGACUGCCACUGGGUAAAGCAGAAUUGCUGAAACCUGGGGCUGAUUUGACAAUAAUUUCAUAUGGACGACCACUCUACAACUGUUCAGCUGCAAUACAAGCAGUGGAGCAGGAACGAGGUGUCAGUAUCGAGUUGAUCGAUCUGCGAACCAUAUAUCCCUGGGAUCGUGAUGCCAUAAUAGAGAGCGUGUCAAAAACAGGAAGGGCUAUUGUUGUUCAUGAAAGUAUGGUCAAUUAUGGAGUUGGAUCGGAAGUAUCCUCUGUGAUUCAAGAGUCUGCGUUCCUCAGCCUCAAGGCUCCGGUAAAGAGACUGGGUGGCUGGACUACACAUACAGGUCUGGCGUGGGAGAAAUAUAUCUUCCCAGAUGUUACAAGAAUCUAUGACGCUAUUCUCGAGAGUCUUGAUUAUUGA